AUGUCGCUGGACCACAGAGUCCCACAAGAGAGCACGUUUCCCUUGUUACAGAAUCCAUCUGGCAUCAUUGCGGACCCACUCAAACCCAAAAUUGCCUCCCAGAAAAACAUUCCAAUCAACGACGUGUUUGGCGCGUUGCAAGGCGACUGGUUGGAGAACUCUGCGACGGACGACGACCAAUUCGUGCCGGAAGUAGGAUAUGGCUCCGGAUCCCGGCCCACUACGCAGCAACGUGACCAAGUAAAAGUGCCUGAGUUUGGCGCACAAAAUGGUGCAGCUGGGAACAACAAAGAACGUCCAAAGCCAACCUCUACAGUUCCUCCAAAUGGGAAUCAACCUCAACCACAGAACCUUACAGCGACAGGCAGCAGUGCCGCGCCCAACAAUGCGAGCAGUACGCCGUCUACCAAUACAGUUGUACCAAGCAAUAACAAUUCAACGACAACAACCAACACUGGAGUGCCACCUGUUCAAAGUGUUUCAUCGAGCACGAACCCAGCAAACACGACGCCCACGCUGGCGCCGCUGACUCAGCCAUCACCGACAACUCAACCAGCGCAGUCUCAGCAGCCGCCGCAUUCGCAGCACCAGACGAAUGCCCAAGCACCGCCAAGACCAGCUAGCCAGACUCCCUCCUCGCCUGCACAGAUCUCGCAAGCCUCGCUCUUCUCCAACAUCAACCGCUCGUCAUCAUUGCCGAUCCCUACAUCUAGCACCGCACUGUCUUCCACUUUCACCUCGAUGCCACAGAUGCCUUCCAUGUAUUCGGCGGCGUCCUCGACCGCAGCGGGAGGCGCCGGUGUCGCCAACCCCUACACGAAUCCGUACCAAGCCUUCGCCGGCGCUGCUGCUUAUGGAGCGUAUCAACCAUGGCUGCGAGCUGCGACACCCAGUGCGAAUCCUUGGGAAGAUCCGCAAAGACGCUUACAGGAUUUCUCCGGGUUAGGAGUUCCCUCAGCAAAUCCGCUUGCGCUUGGUCUAGCAUCGGUCGCCGAUGUCACAGAAAAAGUCAAAUCAGAACCAGGACUCAACCCAGCAGCUCUCAGAGCGUUCGAACAAAGUCACAGGCCUUUGGAUUUAUCAAAUGGUGGAUCUGCAGCGACUGCACGAGCGCAGGUUGACCAAAUGGAAAAGAAAAAUCAACCAGAUCCGAAUUCUCAGCAAAUCUCUGGAAGAAAAGGAACUCUCCAGCUGUGGCAAUUUCUUGUGGCUCUACUAGACGACCCAUCGAAUGCAAAUUUCAUUACUUGGACUGGACGCGGCCUCGAGUUCAAACUUCUUGACCCGGAGGAGGUUGCGCGCCGAUGGGGAAAGAUGAAGAACCGACCAGCAAUGAAUUACGACAAGCUCUCGAGAAGCCUGCGUUACUACUACGAAAAAGGAAUUAUGUCCAAAGUCGCUGGAGAAAGAUAUGUGUACAAAUUCAUUUGUGACCCGAGGGCUCUAUUCUCCCUGGCCGGCUUCGGUGGAGACAACACUGCCGCUGCGUUGCACUACCACGCUGCUGCCGCCGCUGCUGGCUACCCAGGAGCUAUGCAAGGUCAUGCUUCGCUUCUAACACACAAUCUGCACGAUUACCGCCGUGAUUUCGGAAGCCAACUGCCGCUCGCUUUACCGAGUUUUGGAGACAAUCAACUGCCUUGGUCACAUCAUCAAAUGUAA